CGGUGGCGGAAGUGGAGCCGCUGUGACGGCGCUGCCGGCGGCGGUAACGGGGCCCAGGUACCGGGGCGGUCCCGGCGGCGGAGCUGACGUCACGGGCCGCGAGGGAUGCUGGGAAACCCCGGGAAACGCCGCCCCAUGGACCCGUGCCAGGGCCGGCCCAAGGCCCCGUCCUUCCUGUCCGACCUGGGCAAGGCCACUCUGCGUGGCAUCCGCAAGUGCCCUCGCUGCGGCACCUACAACGGCACGCGGGGGCUCAGCUGCAAGAACAAGACGUGCGGGGCCGUGUUCCGGGCGGGUGCCCGCCGUGCCCCGGGCACCGCCGACGCCGUGCGCCUGCUGGGCGGCGCCCAGGGCCAGCUCUACUCGGUGCGCCAGCGCCAGCGCCGCUGCUUCGUGGAGCUGGGGGUGUCCGAGACGGCCAUCCAGACCCCCGAGGGCACCCUGAUCACCCAGCUGAGCUCUGGCCGCUGCCACGCGCCCGCCUGCGCCAGGCAGGGUGAGGGGCAGUGCCAGCACCUGAAGCUGGCGCUGGGCUGCCAGGCCGAGGCCACGCCGCUGCCGCUCAAGAGCUCGGUGCUGGGCGCGGUGCAGGCGCCCGCCGAGGCCAAGCAGAGCCUCUGGGAGUUGGCCACGGAGCCCUCGGGGCCGCUGGUGCAGAGGGUGACCAAGAGCGUGCUGGUGGUCAAGUGCAAGGCCAGCCCCAGGCACAGCCUGGGUUACCUGCACGCCAGCUUCGGGCAGCGCCGCUUCUCCUGCGCCUGCCGCGCGCCCGGGCACGGCCGUGCCAAGGGGGAGCGGCGGGAGGACGAGGAGGAGGAGGAGGAGGAGGAGGAAGAGGAGGAGGAGGAGGAGUCGCCCCCCACGCGCUGCAUCCAUUUCCUGGCCUGCAUCUGCGCCUUCGCCAGCGACGAGAGCCUGGCCCAGGAGUUCUCCGAGUUCCUCACGGCCGACGGCAGCGGUCUCAAGGGGACGCUGAUCCCGCAGCUGCUCCGGGGCCCCGGCCCCACAGCGCGGGCACGGGGGGCGGCUGCUGCCAGGGCCAGGAGGAGGAGGAAGGACCUGGGCGCAGGCCCGCAGGUGCCCGGGCCCCUCCUGGCACCAGACCCAGCUCAUCCCAACCCCAGGAGGGGCAGCCUGAGGAAGCUGCCCGUGGUCUCCUCCUCACCUUCCUCAUCCUCAUCAUCCUCACUGAAGAGACACGGCUGUCCCCAGGCGCUGGAUGAGUCCCAGGUGUCCCUGUCCUUCCAGGAGUGGCUGGGCAGUGUCACUGAGCGCAUCCACCAGACCAUGCACUACCAGUUUGAGGGCCACCCAGAGCCGCUGGUUUUCCACAUCCCCCAGUCCUUUUUUGAGGCUCUGCAGCAGCGAAUCUCCAGCGGCAGCGGCAAGAAGAGGCUGCCCAACUCCACCACGGCCUUCGUGCGCAGGGACGCGCUGCCCCUGGGCACCUUCUCCAAGUACACCUGGCACAUCACCAACGUCCUGCAGGUCAAGCAGAUCUUCGACACUCCCGAGGUGCCGCUGGAGAUCACGCGGAGCUUCGUGCAGAACCGCGACGGCUCCUACGAGCCCUUCCGCAGCCCCCGCGUGGAGGUGGAGAGCGUGCCCGAGGGGCUGGGCCCGCACGAGAGGCAGCCCCCGCUGCGGCCCCUGGAGCUGCAGACCUUCCUCAAAGUCGGCCACACGUCCCCCACGCAGAAGGAGCCCACGCCCUUCACCAUCGAGUGGAUCCCCGACAUCCUGCCCCGCUCCCGCCUGGGCGAGCUGCGCCUCAAGUUCCAGUACGGGCACCACGGGGGGCCCCGGCAGCCCCCCGGCCGCGGGACCCCCCCCGAGCCCCCCCUGGGCUCCAUCGCCUUCCCCUGAGCCCCCCGAAACGGGACGGGGGGCUCCGAGUGCGGGGGGCACCCGGGGGCACCCCCGGAAUAAAGCAGUGGCACCCA